CCUUGUGGAGCCAGGCAUUUUUCACAUCUCGCGCAUAGAAUGCAGGUGUUCACUCUCUCAGAGUCAAAGGGACACCUAGGAGCUGGUGGGCAGGCUGAGGACAGCAAUCCAUCUCCACAAGAUGUUUUCUGGGCAAGUCUAAGGGGAGGGAGCAGUCCAUGUACGGAAGGCAACUUGAGUAUAAGACAGUCCCCACAAAGCCCACGUGUGUGCUUGUGUGGCUGAGAGCUGUGGGGUUCAGAACUGCUCUGCUGAGACAUUGUGCCCUCAGGAGGAAGUGAGGAGACCGGCAAAGCGGCAGCAUGUCUGAGUUCCAGCAGCUGACGGAAAGCACCAUCCCACAUGCCAGGGAGGUCCUGCAGGACAACUACAAGAACCUGCUCAAAGUGGCGGAUUACUGCGACAGCAACUACGACGGGGCCCAAGACAAGCGGAAAGCCUUAGAGGAAACCAUGGCCUUCACUACUCAGUCUUUAGCCAGCGUGGCCUACCAAAUCAGCACCCUGGCCAACAGCAUCCUCAGGAUACUGGACCUGCAGGCCACUGAAGUGCGACAUGUGGAGGGCAGCAUCUGCUCUGUCACACAGGUGGUUGAAAUGCACAAAGAGAAAAGUGCCCGCCAACAGAUCGGGAUGCUUGCCGUUUGCAAGAGAUUUCCACACUGCCAGAAAAUCAUCUAUCCAGACCGCCUUGAGCCCUUGGAGGCCUAUUACAGGAAGCCGCUGAAUUUUAGCAGUUUAGAUGACGUUGGACAUGGGAUAAAGGAUCAAAGCACACAGCUGGCCAGAACAGGGACUCUAGCCAGGAGAGGAACCAAAACAUCUGCAGGACAGUCUCCUGGAAGCCUCAGGAGAAGCCACCGGACCCUGGAGCCAAUACAGUCCCCUGUCAUCCCAGAUGCCAAACUACCACCAGCUUCAUUGGAGUCCUCCCCGAGCAGUUCUACCGAAGUGAUGGGCAACUCCGGUUUGAAGGCACCUACUGAACCGCCUCCUCCGCCCCCUUUGCCAUUCCCAUUCCCUCCUCCAAUGGAAGAAGACGACAUUCCUCCUCCCCCACAAGCAGAUGUAUUGCCACCGCCACCUCUUGCGAUGGAUGAUUUGCCUCCACUCUCUGCACUGGAUCUGGAUUUCCCAGCAUCCCCUCCGCCACCACCUCUGGAUGUUACUGAUCUCGAAUUAUUGGAGCCUCCGGUCCUGCCUUCACCACCACCCCUGGAAAAAUUGCAAUGGCCCCCAGAUACCUACCUAGAAAAAGUGGUGACCCUCUACCCGUACACGAGGCAGAACGAGAACGAACUGUCGUUUGAAGAAGGGGCUGUUCUUUAUGUGACCCGGAGGUACUCGGACGGCUGGUGCCAGGGGGUGAGCAGCGAUGCCGAGGGCUUGUUCCCAGGGAACUACGUCGAGCCUCUGCACUGACAGACUG